GACUCCGUGGUGACCAUGCCCAUGGCCUUUGCCCUCCUGCUCCUCCUCAGCCUGGCCGCCUCAGACCCGGACCCUUGCUACGAUCCUGGGGGCCGCCCUCGCUUCUGCCUCCCGCCAGUGACACAGCUGGCCCGGGGUGUCUCUGCCGCAUGUCGGCAGGGCUGCGCCCUCCCUGUGGGGGAAGGUCCCAGUGCCACCUGCAAUGGCAGCCUGACCCUGGACCUGGACGGCCCCUUCCUCCUGACGGCCGUCAGCCUGCGCUUCUGCACCCCAGGACCCCCAGCCCUCAUCCUGUCCGCUGCUUGGGCCUCAGAUGGCCCCUGGAGGCCUCUGUGGCGCAGGCCCACCUGGCCAGGAGCCCUGGGAGGUCCUGAGCGGGUGACCUUCCGCUCCCCGCCCAGCCCGAAGGCCCGGUUGGCAGCCAGAUACCUCCGCGUAGAGUUUGGGGGCUGGGCAGGGCUCGCAGCUGCCGGGGUGAGGGGCCGCUGCCAGUGCCACGGCCACGCUGCCCGCUGUGCGGCCCGUGCCAGGCCCCCUCGCUGCCGCUGCCGCCACCACACCACAGGCCCCGGCUGUGAGAGCUGCCGCCCCUCGCACCGGGACUGGCCCUGGCGGCCAGCCACACCCCAGCACCCGCACCCCUGCCUGCCCUGCUCCUGCAACCAGCAUGCCCGCCGCUGCCGGUUCAACGCCGAGCUGUUCAGGCUGUCAGGAGGCCGCAGCGGGGGUGUGUGUGAGCGAUGCCGCCACCACACAGCAGGGAGACACUGCCACUACUGCCAGCCAGGCUUCUGGAGGGACCCGAGCCAAGCCAUUACCAGCCGCAAGGCCUGUAGGGCCUGUCAGUGCCACCCGAUUGGGGCAAUGGGAGGCACCUGCAACCAGACCAGUGGGCAGUGCUCCUGUAAGUUAGGGGUCACAGGCCUGACAUGCAACCGCUGCGGCCCUGGCUACCAGCAGAGCCGCUCCCCCAGGAUGCCCUGCCAACGAAUUCCAGAAGCAACUACCACCCUUGCCACUACCCCUACGGCUUCCAGCUCUGACCCUCAGUGUCAAAACUACUGCAAUGCCUCAGACACCAGAGUGCACAUGAGCCUUCAGAGAUACUGCCAGCAGGAGUAUGUUCUGCACGCACAGGUGCUGGCGGCGGAGGCGGCGGCAGCGGCGGACUCAGUGUGGCAGCGGCUGGUCGUCCACGUGCUGGCAGUGUACAAGCAGCGGGAGUGGCCGGUGCGUCGAGGCAACCAGGAGGUCUGGGUGCCCCGCGCCGACCUGGCCUGCGGCUGCCUGCGCCUGCGACCAGGCACCGACUACCUGCUGCUGGGAGGCGUGGCCGGAGACCCAGACCCCGCGCGCCUGGUCCUCGACCGCCGAGGCCUCGCACUGCCCUGGAGACCGCGCUGGGCCCGGCCGCUGCGGCGGCUGCAGCAGGAAGAGCGCGCCGGGGGCUGCCUCGGUCUGCGGCCUCCGACCCCGAACCCCAAGUCUCAACACGAGCAGAGCCCCCUAAACUGAGGAACUUCGAAGCGCCGGUUCAGCAUCGCCGUUGACUUCGACGUGCGCGCGUGCGCGUGGGGGAGCCAAUCAGA